GUCCGGGCCGACAAGUGGGCCAAGUUUGCGGCCAGCGAGGAGACCUCAGUCCUGCUGGACAAGUUCUUCAAGCAGCCAGAGCUGCUGGAGCUGGUGCUGGCGCUGACCCCUGCCGGGCAGCUCCAGCCCACUACCUCCUUCCCACCUGCCCUGAAGGGCAAGGCCUUCUACUGCGUGAAGAAGAAGGAGGAGAACAUCACCGGGGAGAACUGUCGGAGCGCGCUGCUGGUGGGAGACGUGGGCGCCUCGCCCGUGGAGCAGCUCAUCACCGUGCUGCUGGAGGUGGGUUACCUGUGCAGGAGCAGGCUGGGGCUGAGCAGGGUCACUGCAGCUCCCUGGGCACACUGGGACCCAGCUGCUCCAGCCAAAUCUCCAGGUGGGCUCCAAAAUGAACUAAAAUUCACAGAGAAAACUUGUGCCAGGUCCUCACCCUGA